GAGAGGCAGAGGAAGUAGCGCAUGCGCAGAGCACUCGGCACGAUGGCGGUUUCCAGCGAGGACUCUGAGAGCAGUGAAAGCGCUCUGAGAAAGAGACGCUCAGCUAAACAGUCGGACAGAACCGCUAAAGAGGCGGACCCAGAUCAGCAGGAUGUCCCUCCGGAACCAGAGAAGAAGGGAGAAACGGUUCAGUUACAGACCGGAACUUACUGGCUCACCAGAAUAGUGCUGUUCAGAUCCAUCUGCUUCAUCUACUUUGUCGCGUUUGCGGUGGCGUAUAAUCAGAACAGAGCUCUGAUUGGACAGCGAGGCCUGAUGCCCUGCAGAGAGUACCUGCGCAGCGUUAAGCGCUACGUGGGGGGAAAGAUCGGCGGGGCGGCGCUGGCCUACACCCCCUCUUUGCUCUGGUUCAUGGAGUGGGAAGACAUGGACGCUAAUCUGGACAACAUCGCUCUGGUGGGACUGGCGCUGUCCGGCUUCGUCCUCCUCUCAGGAAGAGCCAACAUGGUCAUCAUGGCAGCGCUGUGGACCCUCUAUCACUCUAUAGUGAGUGUUGGACAGCUGUGGUAUUCCUUUGGGUGGGAGAGUCAGUUGUUGGAAACCGGAUUUCUGGGAAUUUUUCUGUGUCCGUUAUGGAGUCUUGAGCAGAUCCCCCGCCGAUCCCCGCCCUCCCUCAUCUCCAUCUGGACCUUCCGCUGGCUCAUAGUGAGGAUCAUGCUGGGAGCUGGACUGAUUAAGAUCAGAGGGGAUCGCUGCUGGAGAGAUCUGACCUGCAUGGACUAUCACUAUGAGACGCAGCCGGUUCCUAACCCCAUUUCGUACUACCUGCACCGCUCCCCCUGGUGGUUCCAUCGCUUUGAGACUCUCAGUAAUCACUUCAUCGAGCUCAUCGUGCCCUUCUUCACCUUCAUGGGUCGCCGGAUGUGCAUGAUUAACGGAGCGCUGCAGAUCCUCUUUCAGGUGGUUUUGAUAAUCAGUGGGAAUCUGAGUUUCCUGAACUGGUUAACUAUAGUUCCCAGUUUAGCCUGUUUUGAUGACUCUGCGCUGGCGUUUCUGUUCCGGUCCUCCGGGGCGGCGAGGAGAACCGUACUGAAGAUCCAGAACGAAGACACAGCAGAGCAGAACCCUCCUCCCACUGCAGGAAUGUUAAUACGGCGAGUCGUGAACGUCUCGUUGGGAAUACUGAUCGCGUAUUUGAGUGUUCCUGUGCUGAUAAACCUCCUGAGUCCCCGACAGGUGAUGAACACCUCAUUUGACCCUCUCCGCAUCGUCAACACCUACGGAGCUUUCGGCAGCAUCACUAAAGAGAGGACGGAGGUGGUGUUCCAGGGCACUCUGAGUGCUGACCCCAGUGGUGAGGAGGUGGUGUGGGAGGAGUAUGAGUUCCUAUGUAAGCCUGGGUCAGUGAGCAGGAGACCCUGCCUCAUCUCUCCGUACCACUACAGACUGGACUGGCUUAUGUGGUUCGCCGCCUUCCAGACGUAUGAACAGAAUGAAUGGAUUAUUCAGAUUGCAGGCAGACUGUUAGCGAAUGACUCCACAGUUCUGUCUCUAAUGGGACACAAUCCGUUUGAGGGCCGAGAGAAACCGCGGUGGAUCCGAGGAGAACAUUUCAGAUAUAAGUUCACUAAGCCGGGCAGCGCCAGCGCUGCGAAGGGAAACUGGUGGGUCAGGAAACGAAUCGGACCGUACUUCCCCCCCAUCAACCUGGAGGGCCUCAGGAGGUACUUCCAGUCCAGGAAUUGGCCUCAGCCGGACAGCUACUGACUCAGCUCGUUGACCCGACUUAUUGACCCGACUCACUGAUCUAAAUCACUGACCUAACAUCACUGAUCUGACUCACUGACCCGGUUCACUGAAUCACUGACUUGACUCACUGACCAAACUCUCUGAGGUGACUCGUGGACCCAGCUCACUGACCUGAAUCAUGAAUCACUGACUUGACUCACUGAUCCAAACUCUCUGACCCAACUCACCGAAUCAUGGACCCGACUCACUGACCUGAAUCACUGACCCAACUCAGUGAUCUGACUUACUGACCCAACUCACUUAAUCACCGACCCAGAAUCACUGAUCUUACUCACUGACCCGGCUCCCUUUAUCACUGACUUGACUUACUGACCCAGCUGACUUAAUCACUGUCCCAGAAUCACUGAUCUGACAUGCUGAUCCAGCUCACUUAAUCACUGACCUGACUCAAACCCGAAUCACUCACCAGAUACACCAUCCCAGCACACUGACUGGACUCACUGAUUCAACUCACAGACCCAACUCACUGAUCUGACUUACGGACCCGAAAUGAUCCUGCAUUAAACCUGCCUGAAGACUCUGACCGAGCGCAGCGUCCACUCUCGGCUCUGCGGAGUUUUAAAAGCAGCUCAUGACUUCAAAAGAGUUUUGUGGUCUUCAGGAAAAACAUCUGCGCUCAGUUUAUCAGGACUUUAGAGGAGCUUAAAAAGUCUGCAGCACUUUGUUGCACAAAGCAAUCAGGUUUGUACAUUUGAUAAAAUGUAUAGUAGAAAUAAAUGACACUAUGUUUAAUGUGGUGGCAUCGACUCUGACUGUCAUUGCUGACCAUCAAACAUAUUAGAGACAACGGCUGCAGGUGUGGCUUAACUGGACUCGGCAGAAACCGGACUCGACUCUAACAGCAGCUUGUUGAAGGAAUAGUGUUGCUGUGUAAAUAAAAUUAAAAAUCAACACAACGGAAACGUGAAACCGACUUGUUUAAGCCUCACGUUCUUGUGACUGUAGCAGAUUAUUUGUGCACAGAGUAAAGAUCUAAACUCUCUGUGGUUCUUGACGGAACCUUUGCAGUAGCUGUUAACCAAAUCUUAAGGAAACGUUUGAGAGCCAAAAUGUUUAUCGUAUUUAAACAAUUAUAAUGAUACGAACCCAAACAAAACUGUUGAAACGUCUUUAGGGUUAUUCUCGGUCUCCUUCAACAAGCACUGCUCCUCAUUUAUUUGUCUGCCUGUUGCUGCAUCAGAACAUGUUAAUGCACCAUCCACCAGAACCGUUCUACGUACCUAAUGAAGUUCUGUGCUGUGUUACUGUUCUGAUUUUAGGAGCUAUACAUAUACUUAAUUCAUGCAGAUGUUUCUGUAGAAGCUAAUAAAACGACAGCAUUCAGUGGCUCAUUAACCAGUGGCUGUGCUUGUAGAGUUUGAAGUGGAGGAGUGAGUGCACUGCGCCCCCUACUGACCAAACUUUAUAGUGUUAAAAUUACGAGUGGCAGAAUAAAAUGUGAAAUAAACAAAACAUCUUAGUGUUUUUAAGACAACAGAAUGAUGUAGUUAUUUUCUUAAAAUAUCACGUUUAAACACUGUAUUAUUGAAGACUAGCUGUGUUUUGUACUGUUUAUUUUGUGGGUGGAGUCAGUAGCAUAAGACCAAAGCACAGUGUAAUAUGUCUGUAUGUAGUAUAUUUGUUUAUAUCAAUGUGCAUAUAAAAUAAGUACAUCCACUUUUGAACUGGAUUGGUGUAAGCACAAAUUAUUGUUACUUUCUAUUUUUAUUCUUAUUGGUAUUACAAAUGACAGUGAUAGUGGUUUCGGUUAGUUAACCACAAAUCAGGCAUUUUUUCUCAGGUCACCAUGACUACAACACAAAUAUAGACAUUUUAUUUACUAUCCAGAACCACCAGUGAACCUACACGAGU